AUGUUUUGGUUUGGCGUGUUGCUGCUGUUGGCGCAGAAUGCGGUUGCCUGGCACUCAGAUGAUGAUUUGAUGUCCUUCAAAACACUUCCCGAUGCCAGGGCCGUCAAAUUCGACAUUCAUUACGAGGAUCGCGAUAGUGUUAGCCCGGGAUACUGGUUUGUCUCGCCAUAUUUACACAUCGAGCCUGAUGGCCCCAUCAGCCUAUACGAGCAAUAUCAAAUCGGUCCACACAUCUACGAUCAGGAUGGGCGCCUUGUAUGGACAGGAUCACCCAUGUUUGACAACCGCAACGUUUUCGACUUCAAAGCCGUGUCGCUCUUUAACGAAACAUUCAUUUCUCUUAUUCUACAAUAUACCCAUGACGGCAAGGAACGGGGGUUCGGUAUGAUUCUGGAUCAAAACUAUGAAGUCUUUCGCAAGCUUUCAUUGAGAAAUGAUCUGGGGGUAUUCGACAUCCACGAAUUCAAUAUCCUCGAUAAUGGAGAAUCUGCGCUGGUCACCAACUACCUCUCGGAGGAGAUCACACUGGAAGCAUUCGGCCGUCCUACAGAGAAGACAUGGUUGGAGUAUGGAGGCUUUGCUGAAAUUGAUAUCAACACAGCAGAUGUGCUCUAUCACUGGAACUCAUUUGUUGAGGUUCCCCUCGCGGAAACCGUCCACUAUCAUCCCGACUCUCGCGUUGAGGGCGCCCCUGGCUGGGACUAUGUGCAUAUCAACUCAGUGGACAAGAACGAGAACGGUGAUUAUCUGAUUUCCAUGCGUUUCACAAAUACUGUCUAUAUGAUCUCUGGUCAGACUGGCACUAUCAUGUGGCGGCUGGGUGGACAGGGUCACAGUGACUUUUCCCAAGACUUUGUCUUCUCCAAGCAGCACGACGCCAAGUUCAUCGAAUCUUCUGGUACACGACACGUCAUUUCAUUUUUGAACAAUGCCUCCGACGAGGAAUUCGCCGAAGAAGAGAUCUCAUCAGCCCUGAUCGUGGAACUGGAGACUGGUACAACACCGAUGACCGCCCGUGUUCUCCGCCGCUACAAUCGCCCGGAUAAGAGCCUGACUCGCCUUCGUGGAAACACUCAACAGCUCCCGAAUAAGAACAUGUUCGUCUGUUGGAGUCAAGGCGGUUACAUCUCUGAGUUCUCUCCCGAUGGAAGAGUAUUGAUGAGCGCCAGUUUCACAUCUGAUCGCUAUUCCAAUUACCGUGCGUACAAGUUUGAGUUUACCGGUCGCCCGAACACCCCUCCAGAUCUUGUAGCUUCCGUGUACGGCAGCGAUGUGACGAACCUCAUCACCACUGUACAUGUCAGUUGGAACGGAGCAACGGAUGUCGCCUGGUGGAACCUCUAUGCUCAAUCAUCUGAAUUCGAUCGCCCUGUUUUCAUUGGAAACGUUUCUAAAUACGACUUUGAGACUAUGUUCAUGGCCAGUGGGUACAUGGAUUGGAUAUCCGUGGAAGCUGUUCACCAAAAUGGACAGGUCCUAGGUACCUCCAAGGUCCACCGCACAAAAGCACCCAAUUGGAAAGCUGUUGGGUGGUCAGGCUACUCCGGAGUUCCAAAGCCCCAGGACCCCUCCACACUUGAAGCUAUCGGAGCUAGCGAUUCCACAAACCAAGGAAACAACGCAGCCGAAGUUGAGGUCAUAAAGGCAACUCAUAUGCUCAACCACUCCUAUGAAACCAUCCGUGAAAUCGGAGGUCUCUUCGCACUCAUUUUACUUUUAGCGGUGAUGACUGGCAUCAUGGCCAGUUAUUUGUUGAUUAGAGGCUGGCGGGUCCGUCUCUAUCAUCUUGUUCCUUUGGAGGAAGGUCUACCCGAUGAGGAACAUCGACUCCAACCUGAAAUGGCGGAGUGA